GCCUUCAAUUCUUCUUUACCAACUUUGGUCUCUAGCUGUCCACGGGUUCUGCAGGUGUAUAUUUCGAAAACGUUGAAGUUAUAAACACACUGUGUUUUGUUUUGCGAUACCGCCGCUAUAGACAUCCUUAAUCGUUCGAGCCGUUUCUGCACCAGCGGUGCUACGGUGGAACUCGUAGACAUUAAAACUAAAACUGUACAAAAUUGAAUUUGGAAUUCCUAACCAAAAAGGAUAUAUUUGAGGUGAAAGCUGCCAGAAGACAAAACGCCAAUUUCAUAUGUAACGACCUAAUAUAAUUUAACAUUCAACAACUAAUUACUUCUAAUAGACAGAAAUCAAAAUCACAUCUUCUGCAAGGCAAUGAAUUAAACGCACGACUGCAUUGUGAGUCUGAUGCAAACCACUAAUUCUGUAAAUAAAGGAAUGAAAUACGGCAUUUUUAGUUUUUAUGAUACUCCUUGUCAAUGGAAUUGACACAAGAAGAAAGAAAAAGAUGAGAGAUUCAGGGGGAAGCCUAGAAACGAAUUCUUAUAAGAAUCUAGAUAUGCGGGGAAGGAUUAGAAAAUCGUUUUUUGUGGCCCACGCACUAGAUAAUUUAGACUCCAAUACAAUAUGCUCCCCAAUAUCAGCGCUGCUACCGAUCGGCAAACUUGCUCUCGGUGCUGUUAACACCAGUUUGGAUGAAAUGCUUGAGGGUAUUGGAGUUAUAAGUCAAAAGAAGAUUAAAUCACAUUUUAAACACUUGAUCGCGGAAUUGCGUUAUCUGCCUGGUGUGAAGUUGGAUAUGGCUAGCAGACUAUACAUCAGUACCCAGACCAGAUUAACAUCUUCAUUUGAAUCUGACACGAAGGAAAUCUUCAGCUCUAGUGCAGAAAGAGUUGAUUUCGAAUCUCCAGUUAUAACUGCAGACAAGAUCAAUGCAUGGGUGGAGUCCCAAACAUCUAACAUGAUCCACGACAUGAUAUCACCAGAUGAAAUUGAUCCUGAGAUGUCUUUAAUUAUGAUAAAUGCUAUAUAUUUUAAUGGAAAGUGGGAAACUCCAUUUAAAAAAAUACAAACGGCGACUUUUCAUACGCCCACAGAUGUUCGACGCGUAAAUAUGAUGUCUGUAAAUUCGCAAUUCAAUUAUACAGAUAGUGCGGCUCUGAAUGCACAGAUUCUUAAACUCCCAUACACCGGUGGAACAGCUGCUCUCGUAAUUAUUUUACCCAAGGCGCGAAACGGUUUGCCGCUUCUCCUGCAUCAAAUAAAGCUAGCACCAGAAAUAUUAGACUCGGCCUUAAACUCCAUGUUAGUGCACACAGUGCAGGCUACGAUACCAAAGUUCAAGUUAGAAAGUGAAAUGGAUUUAAGGAAAAUGUAUGAAAAGGUAGGAAUAAGAAAAAUAUUUAAACAAUACGAAUCCGAUUUAUCUGGUAUUGUGAGAGACAAAAUUGUUACCGUCUCUAAAGCGAAACAAAAGGCAGUCAUUGAUGUGAACGAACGAGGCACUGAGGCAGCGGCUGCAUCUUCGACAACCAUGGUUCAAAUGGCGCUGACGAAGACUGUCAAAUUCAAGGCUGAUCAUCCAUUCUUGUUCAUUCUGCUGUCAAACACUCAGCAAUUGUUCGCUGGGACACUCGUCCAUCCACAUACAGCUAGAAAGAGAGGCUAACUAUUAUGUUAAGCUGCGACUUGUAUACAAUAUUGUUUCAAGUGAUAUUAAAUAUUGAUAAGAAA